AUGGAGGAAGCCUUGCUCUCAGAACUCGUAGCCCACGAUGAGAUCACAAACUCCUUUGAAUUCGCCCAACACCUGAAUAAAAGCCACCAAGAACUUGCCAGCGCUAUAAGCAGUCUCUCAAUGGACGAAUUUAUUAUUGCUGAGCACAGAGAACAACUAGUUCCUGAACUCACUGAUAAAGGCAAAGAAUUCGUAAGAGAAGGCUCUCCUGAAGUAAUUGUUUAUAACUACGUUUUAAACAAUCCUGGAGUCUCCCAAGCCCAAAUCCAAACCACUCUAGGUGAAGUGGGGAAAUUUGGCUUUUCACAAGCAAUGAAAAACAAGUGGAUUGGAAUUGAUAAAGAAACGAAGUUAGUUAAUGUAACUGUAGACCAUGUUGAUGACACUGUCAAACUACAGCUAGAAGCCUUCCAAAGGAAUGAAGAAGUAAAAAUCGAUGAGCUCAGGAAGCGAAAACUCAUAGACAACGUUAAGAGAUCUUAUUUCGUAAUCAGAAAAGGACCAAACUUUGCCCCCCACAGACAAAAACCAGAAGCAGAACUAACUUACGAUAUGGUCAGGACUGGAAACUGGAAAACCACCACCUUCAAAGAAUACUUACUUAACUUAAUUAUCUGGUGUUUAAGGUGUCUAGUGCCGCAGCCCCAAAAAGGGCUUAUGGCAAAACUAGUGACGUAGGCGAGCCAUCUCGGAAACAGGUCAGCUCUGCCAAGCCUUCUAUCCACUCCUGCACUACCAGCCCUGCUGCACGUCUCACCCGGCGCGAUGCCGUCGCCCUUGUCUCGACUCAGCUCCUGCGCGUGUUCCGCCUGAGGGUCAUCCUCCCUUGGGGAUGUGCUGAGAGGUAAAAGCCCAAAACCUUGAGUGGACUGAGGAGCAGUUCCUCUGGUUAUCUCCAGAGUUAAACGCUAUUGCUGUCCAGAAGUUCUCGAGUAAAAACCUAACCCCAUAAAUAAAAUUCCAUGAGGGAGAGAAAAUUAGCAGAGCUAAUUUCUCUCGAACCGAAUGCCAUUUUAUUUAUACCUUCAAAGAAUACAAUUUUAACGCCAAAGGUAAAUACCCAGCUGGUGGUCACCUACAUCCUCUAUUAAAAGUUCGCGCCCAGGUUAGGAACAUCUUGCUUGACAUGGGAUUUGAAGAAAUGCCAACCAACACUUUUGUAGUCAGCAGUUUUUGGAAUUUUGACGCCCUUUUCCAGCCUCAAGCUCACCCAGCUAGAGAUGCUCACGACACGUUUUUCAUUAAAAGCCCAGAAUUUGCCAAUGAUUUUGAAGACGACUAUAGACAAAGAGUCCAAGAAGUCCAUGAAAGAGGUGGCUACGAAAGCAUUGGUUUCAGGUACAAAUGAAGUAUAGAUGAUGCUCGCAAAAAUGUGCUGAGAACACAUACGACUGCAAACUCUUCAAAAAUGCUAUAUAAAUUAGCUCAAAACGGCUUUAAGCCUAAGAAAUAUUUCAGUAUUGACAGGGUUUUUAGGAAUGAAACUUUGGAUGCGACUCAUUUGGCUGAGUUUCACCAAAUUGAAGGAGUCGUGGCUGAUAGGAAUAUUGGACUGGCAGAUUUGAUUGGGAUUAUUGCAGAAUUCUUCAGGAGGAUGGGGAUCACUGAUAUAAAAUUCAAGCCUGCUUAUAACCCAUACACAGAGCCGAGCAUGGAAAUAUUUGGGUACCAUCCGAUUCUGAAGAAGUGGACAGAAAUUGGAAAUUCAGGAGUUUUCAGGCCAGAAAUGUUGAGACCAAUGGGACUUCCAGAAGAUGUAAAUGUGCUGGGAUGGGGACUGUCACUUGAAAGGCCAACUAUGAUACAGUAUUCUAUUGGAAAUAUCAGAGACUUGUUUGGAUCCAAAUUAGAGCUGAGUGGAAUCCAAUCCAACCCGAUCUGCAGAUUUAAAACAGACGAAUAA